AUGAAUGCCAUUAGUUGGAAUUUCCGUGGGCUUGGGAACCCGCGGGCUAUUCAAUUCCUUAUUGAUCUCUGUGUACAAAAGAAGCCCAACUUUAUUUUCCUUUUUGAAACUUUAUGCAACAAUGACACUGUGGAUAGACUCAAGGUUCGGUUGGGCUUUGAGAAUAGUUUUUCUGUGCCGGCCCAAGGUAGAAAAGGUGGUAUUGCUUUUUUAUGGAAAGUUGCAACUGAUGCUCAUUUACUUAAGUUUUCGGCCCACCAUAUUGAUUUAGAGAUUCAUGUUCCUGGCUUUGUUCAUUGGCGUCUUACUGGGUUCUAUGGUGAGCCAAACCGUUCGAGAAGACAUACAACUUGGAAUCUUCUUCGUGAGCUUGCCGAUUCUUCACCAUUACCAUGGUGUAUCCUUGGAGAUUUCAACAACAUCACCACGCAUGAUGAUAAGAAGGGCGGUCGUCCUUAUCCUCAAUCUUUGAUCCACGGUUUCAACACUGCUCUCCAUGAUUGUCGAUUGUGUGAACUUCAGCUGUGUGGUCAUAAGUACACUUGGGAACGUGGAAAAGGGACUCAAAACCACAUCGAAAUAAGUUGUUGGGAGCUCAAUGCUACUCUUUCCCUUGCUGAAAAAACUAAACUUUGUCUUGAUAUUCUUCUUGAAUGGGGCCGUGAUCUUACUGGUCAGUUUAAGAAGCGGUUGGCUACUAGUAAGAAGAAGCUUUCGUGUCUUAAGUCCCGUGACAAUCCAGAUUCUCAUGAAGACUUCUUGAUUGAGCAAUGCAACUAUUUUGAGAUUUUGGCUCAGCAAGAACUCUAUUGGAAGCAGAGGUCUAAGCAAUUCUGGUUAAAUGGAGGAGACAAGAACAGUAAAUACUUUCAUGCUACUGCAAGCUCUCGCAAACGGAAUAACCAAAUAGUUCAGCUUCAGGAUAGCCAUGGCGUGUGGAAAGGCUGGGAUUCUGGCCUUGAUCAGGUAAUUAUUGACUAUUUCUCUGUUCUCUAUUCUACUGAUCAUGCUAUAUGUGGCUCUGUUGUUAAUGGCAUUCGGCGUACUGUAACUGUUGAACAAAAUGAUGCCUUACUUUGCCCUAUCACACCUGAUGAAGUUAAACAAGCUCUCUUUCAAAUGCAUCCUGAUAAAGCUCCUGGUCCUGAUGGUAUGAGUCCCGGUUUUUAUCAGAAACAUUGGGAUAUAGUUGGCGCUGAUAUUGUUAAGCUUGUUAUAGAGUUCUUCAAUAAUGAAUGCAUGCCGCCUGGGCUAAAUGACACUCAUCUAGUGUUGAUUCCAAAGAAGAAGAACUUUUCCUCUAUGGGAGACUUGCGUCCUAUUGCUCUCUGUAAUGUCUCUUACAAGAUUCUUUCGAAGGUCCUUGCCAAUAGAAUGAGGGUGCUAAUUGAUCAUAUCAUCUCUCCUACUCAGAGUGCAUUUAUUCCUGGUAGGCUCAUCUCUGAUAAUAUCCUGAUAGCCUUUGAAAUCAUGCACUAUCUCAAGAGGAAAACAAAAGGUAAAAAAGGAUUCAUGGCCAUGAAGCUUGAUAUGAGUAAGGCUUAUGAUCGUGUUGAAUGGGAUUAUCUGUCUGCUGUCAUGCAUCGUAUGGGGUUUGCUAGUAAAUGGGUCAGCCUUAUUAUGAAAUGUGUUACUUCUGUUCAGUAUUCUGUUUUCCAUGAUGGCCAUCUCAUGGGGCCGAUUGUUCCCUCUCGUGGAAUCCGCCAAGGAGAUCCUUUAUCCACUUAUUUGUUCAUCAUUUGUGCUGAAGGGUUCUCUUCCUUGAUCAGAAAGUUUGAAGAAGAUCAGAUUAUUCAAGGUUGCCGUGUUGCUAGAAAUGCUCCUCCCAUAACUCAUAUGUUGUUCGCUGAUGAUAGUUAUCUUUUUUGUCAAGCAAAUCCCACCACAGCUAUCAACAUCAAGCAAAUGCUUCACUCCUUCGAAAUUGCAUCUGGGCAAAAGGUGAAUGUGGCUAAGUCUUCUAUUUUUUUCAGCCCCAACAAUGCAACACCAAAACGUAAUGAGAUUUUUAAUGUUCUUGGCAUGACAGAAGCUACUGAUGGCUCUCUUUACUUGGGGCUACCUAACAUUAUAGGUAGAAAGAAGACUGUGAUACUUGGCUUCCUCAAAAACAAGAUUAUAAAUCGGCUCAAUAGUUGGAAUGGCAAGUUCCUAUCUCGUGCAGGCAAAGAAGUUCUCCUUAAAUCUGUUAUCCAAUCUCUUCCAACUUAUGCUAUGAGUGUUUUCCUCCUCCCAUUGGAAACUUGUCAAGAGAUUGAGAAGCUUAUGGCUAACUUUUGGUGGAAAACUUCAAGUGCUAAAGGUCAAGGAAUCAUAUGGAUGUCUUGGGAUCGUAUGGCAAUUCCCAAACAUUCUGGUGGUAUGGGCUUCCGCCACUUACAUGAUUUUAACCUUGCGAUGCUGGCCAAACAAGGGUGGCGGUUUCUUGUCUCACCCACAUCCCUUGCCAGCCGUGUGUUCCAAGCCAAGUACUAUCCCAACUCUGAUUUUCUUUCUGCAGAGCUUGGCAACAACCCAAGUUUUGUUUGGCGUAGCAUUUGGAGCGCACAAAGCUUGGUUAAAUUGGGUUGUCAACGAACCAUUGGUAAUGGAAUGUCAACAAGUAUCUUGAAGCACCCUUGGCUCCCCGAUCCCGUCAAUCCUUUUGUGACAUCCAAUGCUCUCGGCCUCACUAACCACAUGGUCAACUCUCUUAUGGAUCAUGAGACCUCUUGGGAUAUCCCCCUGGUUCAAGAUAUGUUUAAUUCUCGAGAUGCUCACUUGAUCCUUGGAAUCCCAUUGAGUGCUACACCAAUUGAAGACUGUUGGUCCUGGAGGGGUGAAAGAUCUGGUUCCUUCUCUGUCCGUAGUGCCUAUGAUUUGCUGCAGAUUAGUACAUAUGGUCAGCAGAAUCAACCAAACUCUGGAUUUUGGCACAGGUUCUGGCAUCUUAAAAUACCACCAAAAGUGAAGAACUUCAUGUGGCGCGCUAUCACCAAUACCCUCCCCACAUGUCUUGAACUGGCUUCAAGGAAUGUCGAUCUAUCCUCCUUGUGCCCUGUCUGCCAUAAUGCGGGUGAGACUGCUUCUCAUGUGCUAUUGAAUUGCUCAUUUGCUUUCAGUUGCUGGGAACGUUGUGGGUUCACCAUCCAAUCCGAUACUUCAUCAACUAUUGGUUAUUGGCUUGAAUCUACAUUCGCAUUGUAUGGUGAUGAUAUAGCUUGCCGUGCCAUCAUGAUCUGCUGGGCACUUUGGAAGUCUCGAAACAAGCUUGUUUGGGAGAAGAAGACUUCCGCUCCAACUCAAGUCAUUCAUUCAGCAUGGACUACACUUGACCACUGGCGUACUGCUCAAGAUAAAACUAGUUUAUUAUCAUUGUCACUCUUGCAACAUGAUAAUAACAUUGAGCGAUGGACUAAACCCGAUUCUGACACAGUCAAGUUAAAUGUUGAUGGAGCGUUAUUUGAGAGAGAAAGUGCCUAUGGUUUCGGCAUUGUUGCUCGAGAUUCGACGGGCCACAUUGUUGAUCUCCGAGCCACUUAUCAGGGAGGAAACUACCCAGCUGAGGUGGUUGAAGCUCUUGGCAUCAAAGAAGCUCUAAGUUGGUUGAAGGACAAAGGAUGGAAUAAAGUUGACAUGGAAACUGAUAGUAUGGUAACGGUGCAAGCAAUCUUUAGUAAUCAAAUUAUGUCCUCUACUUUUGGUUUGGUUAUUAGAGAUUGUAAGAGUUUAUUGUCAGCUUUAAAUAAUGUUAGUAUUCGUUUUGUAAGACGAUCAGCAAAUCGCGUUGCCCACUUUGUUGCUAGGCGAUCCCGAUUUUUCUCUGAUCGUAGCAUUCAUAGGAUUGAUUUUCCUGAUGAGCUUCUAGCUCUUAUUUUGAAAAUUAAUAUUAAGAUUACCUCUUCUGAACUAUCACCAAUAAGUGGAGGUGGUACUGGUGGAGCAAAAACCUUCCCAGCACGUAGUGGUGGUGGUGGAGCAGAGAUAGUGUCAGAACGAGCUACCGGUGGUGCUGGUGGAGCAGAGACAUGGAAACACGCGAUAGUUGUGCUACGGGAGCAGAGGCAAGGUCAACACGUGCUGGUUCAUUCAAUGCUCCUCCAACACCAGAUCAAACACAUGUGA